AUGAGUUCAAAACUUAUUCAUACAUGGUCACCAUUUACUAAUGAUGAUUGGAUAUUGAAGAUUGUCCAAUUGACUGAUAGUACGUUUAUUGCAUCGAGCAGUAAUGGGUCCUUGGUUGAAUUUUCAAUCACAGAUUUAGUCUCAAACCCAAAAUCCACAAUUAACAAGGCACAUGAAUCAAGUAUCAAUGAUAUUGUAAAGAUUGAUGAAAACACUAUUGCAUCAUGUUCUAGUGAUGGUGUCAAAAUUUGGGAUAUAAAGAAUAAAAAAGAAAUCGUUACUUUGACUAAUAGCAAGAAUUCAACUUUUUUGUCGUUGGCAUACAAAGAUAAUCUUUUAGCUGCUGGUACUGAACUUGUGGGUGUUGAUGCGGAAUUACACAUAUGGGAUAUAACAAAUACUAAUGAAGUGGUUAGAUCAUUCAUUGAUUCUCAUCAUGAUGAUAUCACUGCUUUGGAAUUUCACCCAACUCUUAGUAAUUAUUUAAUGUCAGGUUCCACUGAUGGUUAUGUCAACAUCUAUGAUUUAAACCAGCCAGAUGAAGAUGAAUCACUACAUCAAGUGAUAAAUUAUGCAUCUGUUCAUUCGUGUCAUUUUAUUUCAGAUUCAAGAAUCUCGAUAUUGACACAUAUGGAAAGUUUGAUGUUUCACGAUUUAAAUGAUACAAACUAUGAAGAAUUGGUGAAGCCGAAAUUUACUGAUCUUAAGGAUACUAGAGAACUUUGGCCAAAUAAUGAAUAUGUUAUUGAUGUAAAUCCUGAAGGAUAUGCUGCAUAUGGUUCUAAUUCAAAAAAUUCAUUAUCAUUAUUACCAUUCGAACCAUCAAGUGAAAGUUUUGAUAUAUCAAGUGUGAUUAGCUUCCCAGGUGCACAUGGUGAGGAAGUAGUACGGGACUUGUUAGUUUUGUCCAAUACUAAAAUGGUAAUCACAUGUGGAGAAGAUGGUAACAUCAAACUUUGGGAAUUGCCACAUAUAUUAGAAGUUCGUCCUAUCACGAACAAAGACGAAUCUGUUGACGUUGUAAUGGAAGAUUCGCUGGCUGAAAAACUAAAGAAAAAGUCUAAAAAGGAUAAGAAGGACAAGAAGGAUAAAAAAGACAAGAAAGGCAAGAAGGAUAAAAAGGAUAAGAAGAAGAGUAAAAAGGACAUUAGAUUUAAACCAUAUUAA